UGGACGGAGCAUUAGCAGCCUAUUUCAGAGAAGAGGUUAACGAUUGGCUGUAAAAGGAUCAAAACAGAGAGGACUUGCUUUUUUUGUCGAACAUCUGUACGGUUUAUCUUUUUACCUUUUCCUUUCACGUUGAAGAAAAAGAGAAAAGAUAAACCGGACAAAAAGUUAAAAGGAAAAAAAACGUGUAAAAUAAGUUUGCAUUAUAACAAUACCAUUAAAAAAUGAGUUAUUGCAUCGUAUUUGGUUGUAAUAAUCGCGUCGCAAAAAAGAAUCAUGAACAAUUAGAAAACGAAAGAGCUAAAAAUAAAAAGUUUUCGUUCCACGUAUUUCCACAGAACAUUGAAAAAAGAAACAAGUGGCUUGAAGCGAUAAAUUUAAAAAAUUAUACUCCACCAAAAACAUCUGCUGUUUGUUCUGCACAUUUCAGAGAAGAUGAUUAUGAACCAGGACUUUUGUGUCGCAAAUUGAAAAAAGAUGCUAUUCCAAAUUUACUUAAAGAAGAAUCAACAGAAUAUCAGGAAACAGAAUCUGUUAUAGAAAAUAUAGAACAUUAUACAGUUGACACUAGCAAUGAAAGAAAUGAAGAAAGAAUGGAAACGAUAUCCAGUACAAUGGCAGAUCGUUCAACCAGCAUCUCUCCUUCGAGAAUAUUUAACUCGCCAACAAAAGUCCACUUACGUAAGGUUCACGCUCGUGAAAAGGCGAUUAUCAAGCGACAAUUAGCUAUUGCUCAGUAUAAAAGAAAUAAAUUACGAAAGAAAAUUGAGUCUUUUAAGAAUCUUAUUAAAGAAUUACGUAAAGAGAAGCUUAAUAUGACAGCAGACGAUUUACUAAAAAUUUUAUAUGAAGAGUUGAUUGGUGUAUAAGGCUAAUGAUAUCAAUGCUUACACAUUUUGGAUCCUAGUCAUGCGUUAAAGGUGGUAUGAAACUUUUGGUUACACAAAAUAACUCUGUGGAGAUGAUAAUAAAGUGCAAUGGAACAUUUCAAGGAAUUGUUCAAGUUGUAAGAAGCAAAA